GAUUUGAAGGAAGAGGUGUAUCUAGACGCCAUCAACAGUCUGCUCGUUUGUGGCGAGUACCCACCCCUCUUCUCCAAUGAUGAAUUAGACGGACUUCUUCAGGCCCUCGGACCGGCCAUGAAGCGGCACUUUCCCAACACGCUGAUCGAUCCCAUGAAGUUCUUCGUCUCUCGAGUCAAGACCAACCUCCACAUUAUUAUCUGCGUUCCUCCCACGGACAAACUUCUGCGCAUUGCCCCCAGCGAAUACCCCGGCCUUGUGACAGGCAUGCAGAUGAACUGGAUGUGCGACUGGUCCCAUAGCGCCCUGCUCGGCGAGGCCACCUACUUCAUACACAAGCACAGCCUGGCCAAAGACAGCACAGCAGAAACGCGGGAGAAACUGGUGUCCUGCUUGGCCAACAUCCACAGCUUCAUCCUGCACGACUGCAACCAGAUCCCCUGGGCGGGGAGCACCAGCGACACCGUCCAGAUCACCACCCUCAAGAUUCACGGCAAGAAGGAGGCCAUCAAAGUGCAGACGCUGGACGUGGCCAACCUGCCCUACACCAAGCUCAUCAUGAAGGAACGCAUCAAGUUACGUCACCGUGACCCCAAGAUGCCCGGUAAGCACGAGCUCUUCAUUGGUCCCCGCACCUUCCGACGGUUCUUGGACUGUUUCCGUUACAUCUACAGCACCAAGGGAAAGGAGAACACGGCCAAAGUUGGACAGCUACGGAAAGCCCUGGCCUGCCUGGCCCGCACCCAGCAGGACACCCAGGCCAAGCGGCGGGACAUCAAGCAGCUGCAGGCGGAGUAUGAGGGGGCCAGCGGGCGGGUAGCCUCCCUGCUGGCUGCGCUGACCCAGCGGGCCACCCUUCUGGAGAAGACCAAGGCCCAGUUCGCUGGGGAGGCCGGCAACAGCCUGACCGCCUUCCUGCAGAUGCAUGAGGUGGAAAGCGAGGAGGAGACAGAGGAUGAGCUGCUGGCUGCCGAGGAGAGGGACGAAUAUGACAAGGAGUUUGAGAGGAUGCGGCAGGAGAACCUGCAGUCGCGCAAGAUGGCAAUUGAGGAGGACCUGGAGCUGGCUGUCAAGAAGGUAGCGGAGUGUCGGGGAGUCUUGCAAAAGGCUCGGGACCAGGUUAUCCACUGGCGCGAGAAGGUAGACCGGUCCUGCAUCGAGCGGCUCCGUUCCUUUCAGAACCCGCCCCAGAUAGUCCUACAGGUGAUGGAGAUGGUCAUGGCCCUGUUGGGCAAGAACCGGCCCCUGGGCCAGAACCCCUCGGACCGGUCUGAGACCAAGAUGCCCAACGAGGAUGCCUCGGUGCUCUCCGGCCGGCACUCCUCCCUCUCUUCCCCAAGUCCCAAGAGCCCGACCAAGACCCACCGCACGCCCAGGAAGACCCGGCCAGCUCCACCAAAGUAUUUGGGCUACUCCUCAGGAGAGAGUGUUGUCACCAAGUCCAAGUCAAAGGACCAGCUGACCGACAAGCAGAAGUGGAAACAGAUGCAAAACAUCCUCAACGACUCCACCAAGUUUGUGGAGAUCCUGCAAGGGGUGGACUGGGAGAACGGCUUGGACCCCAACAUCCGCAUGAAUGUGGAGCACUACCUGCCCAAGCCUAAGGGGGAUGGCGAAGGGGUGACGGGCGAGGGCUCACUCCUCGAAGUCCCAGGAGGACCCAAGCUUCCUGCCUCCUCCCGCCGUAGCCCCUCCUCCCUGGAGUCGGGAGGCAUCACCAUAGCAGCCGUGCGCUACAGCUCAGAAGACGCCGGCAACCUAGUGGCCUACAUCUGUUCCCUGGUGGAGUACUCGCAUCAGUGCGGGCCCCUGCGAGCCGCCCUGGAGAAGCAGGCCGAGCUGGAGAAGGAGAAGAUGGAGAACGAGCGCUUGCAGAAGGAGCAGGAUGAAAGGGCUGGGAAUGCGGAGGCCCGUGAGGCACUGGCCCGGGAGGAGCAGGCCGAGGAAGAGGAGGAGCCAGUCUACACAGAGGCGGACAUUCCGGCCCUUCAACAGGCUGUCACCGAGCUGCAGAAGGAGUUUGACGCAGCCGUGGUGGUCAAGCAUGCCCUGGAGAGCGAGCUGCAGGCCAGUAAUGAGAGACUCAAGGCUGCCACCAACAUGAUUAGGAGCUUGCAGCAGGAGCUGAAGCGUUGGCAAGCCUACGUUGACGACAACGCCAUCAACGAGUGGCUGCUGAGCACCUGCGUCUCGGCAGCAGCCUUCCUGACCUACUGCGGUGGCAUGGACCCGGACUCGCGCCACCGGCUGGCGGAGUACUUCAACGUGAUGUGCGGGCACCACGGGCUGCCUGUGCCCAAGAAGAAGCUGUUUGCUGACGUCCCGCUGAUCCAGUUCCUCUACUCCCAGGUUGACAUCGAGUCGCUGCGUAUCCUGAACCUCCCCUCCACUCCAAACUCCCUCAACAAUGCUUGCUUCAUCCUCCAAGAGCUGAGCAGCUCGGCCUGGACGCUGCUCUGCGACCCGACCAGCCGCGUCAUCGACUGGCUCAAGUGCUACCUGAGUGGCAGGGUCUUGCUGGUCAAGUAUCAUGAGCUACGAUCCCAGCUGGAGACGUGUCUGACGGAAGGCACCCCUCUAGUCAUCAUGGACUGCGAUGCCAAGACCCUGGCCCAUGACCAGCGCUUCACUCGCCUGCUGCGGGGCCGCAUGGCCUUCAUGAAUGCCAAGGCUCCCUUCAAGAUGAUGGUCGCUGACCACGAGGUGGAGUGCCAUCCCAACUUCCGGGUCUACCUGCACACUACAGAGAUCCCCCAGCGCAUCCCCCACAGCCUAGCCGCCUACACCAGUGUCAUGAACUUCUAUCAGACCAGGGAAGACUGUGAGGAGGAGCUGCUGGACCGCUUCAUGGCGCUGGAAAAGGCCAGGCUGGAUGAGGAUGGCAUCGUGGCUAAUAAGGAGAAGAUCUUUAACCUAAAGAGACUGAAUGAGCUGGAACAGCAGAUGUUGGACUGCCUGGCCUCAGACACCCGACUGUUGAACGACCUGGCCACCACCAAGAAACUGGCUGAGCUCAAGAAGCACUACGAUGAAACAUUAGAAAGCCAAGACAGAGUGCAGAUGUCUGAGAAGGCCAUUCACAAUGCGCGGGAGGGGUAUCGCUCCAUCGCCAAGCGGGGUGCCGUCUGCUUUGACGCCGCUCGCUCCGUCGUCGAGAUCAACCCCAUGUACCAGACAUCGUGGCAACAGUUCCUGGAUGUGUAUGACUCUUCAAUCAAGCACUCGGAAAGGGCUGCAGUGAAAGCUGUGGUGGAGCGUCUGACAUAUAAUGCCUUCCAGGCCACUGCUAGAUCACUGCUUGAGAGAGACAGGAUGAUCUACGCUCUCCUACUAGCCAUGGAGGUUGAGGACUCACUGGGGAACGUCGGUCCCGGCGAGCGCGAAUUUGUCAUCUCCCCGCAGCUGGGCUCCUCCAUCAUGACUGCCCUCGGCCACAUGGUGGCGCCGGACCACCGCAUCGCCCAGGCCAAAAAGCCAUUUGAUUGGAUGCUGGAUGAACAGUUCCACAACUUGCAGUUGCUGGCCAUCCACUACGAGUGGUUCCAGGAGAUGUUUGACCGCAUGCCCAAGGACGGCCGAGAGACACAGUGGCGGACCCUCGGGGAGCACGACACACCUGAGACAGCCGUCCUGCCCGAGAAGAUGGACGACAUCUACAAUCCCAUGCAGAGACUGAUGGUGCUGCGGGCGUUCCGACCGGACCGCAUCAUGCAAGCGGGGACUGUCUUUGUCAAUGCAGUGCUCGGGAAGAAAAUCAGAGGAUCAUCAUCAAGGUACGUAGGUGAGGUUGCUCUGGACUUGCCGGGCGUGGUCAAGCAGAGUACCCCCCUGACCCCGGUCCUGCUCCUCUACACCAAGGAAGGUGACCUAGCCGAGAGGAUGUUCCAGGAGUACGCUGCCAAGAAGCAGUGCAAGGCAGUAGUGGUGGCAUUGAGUAACUCGGAGCAGAACGAAGAGAGGUCCAUGAGGAGGUCCAUACAGACUGCCAUGCAGGAGGGUCACUGGGUGCUGUUGCAGAAUGCCCACAAUUCCACCCACGUCCUGAACACCUUGGAGACCGUCCUCAAGGAGAGCAGCCAUAAGCACCAGAUCGGUGACACCAACUUCCGUCUCUGGAUCUCGGCCAAGAUGACCCCCACCAUUCCCGUCCGGCUGCUGCAGUUUGCCAUCAAAGUAGUCGUUGAUUCACCACGGAUCAUGAAGGACAGCCUGCUGCGCUCCAUGUCUCUGAUUGAUACCGACACCCUCAAGCUGAGCUCGCGCAGCGAAUGGCCCCCGCUGCUCCACAACCUUGCCAUGCUUCACGCUACCAUCCGCCUGCGAGGACGCUUCAACCGUGCCGGCUGGAACCACCCGCACACCAUGGACUUUGGUUUCAACGAGAUUAGCGAGGCCAUUCAGAUCGCGGCCACCCCCUUCAAGGACUACACCACUUUGGACGGUGAGAGUCUCAAGGGAAUCUCCUGGAUCGGCCUGCGCUACGUCAUCACCGAGCUGAUCUAUGGCAGCCACGUGACAGACGAGUAUGACCAGGCCAACCUGUCGGCCAUGGUGGACUACUGGGUGGGGCCCAACGCCGUCAAGCGGGAGUACGAAGCCACCAAAUUACGCUACAAGAUCCCAGCCGCAUUUUUCAGCAACAACGUCCGUCUGACAGCUAUUAUGCAGGCUCUAGAAUCAAUGACCAAUCACAGUUUGGAUGUGCCCGAAGCUUGUAACAUCCACACGUCAACCGAGGACGAUGGCCGAUUGAUGACCCAGCUUGGAGACGAUCAGUAUAUCUACACGCGACUGAAUGCCAUUCUUGACUCCAUGCCAGCAUCCAGGACACUCAGCCAUGUACUACAGCCCCGCCCUGCCACACCCUUCAAGGGUCCGUCGGUUGCCAGUGUGAACGGGAGCACCAUGUAUCCCAACGUGGCCGCAAUGGGCAUAUACGCCAGCGCCAGCAUAGCGGCCGUGCACGGCAGGAAGGAACAGGAACUCUGGGAGAUCUGCCACACUAUGCUGAACAAGGUCCCCCGGGGUUGGAACAGGGAGUACGUAACUGAGCGGGUGCGUAAGACAGGUGGGGACACGCCCUUUAAUCGCUUCAUCCUACGAGAGAUCGACCUCAUGCUCAAGCUGCUAGUGGACAUCAAAACAUCGCUGCAGAAAUUGAAGGCUCUAACAGAGAAGCCCACUGAAGUAUUUGGUGACCAGAUGUCGGAGACCCUGGUCUCCAUAGCGGACGACCUCUACCACCAUCGCAUCCCAGCUCAUUGGUGUGACCUGGCCGGGGACUCCAUGCCACCAAUCAACUGGCCACUGGGACAGUUCCUGAAUGACCUAUCCCUGCGCUGUCAACAUCUGGAGCGGAUUAUCAUACAGGGUCGGGAUAAGUUCCCAGCCUACUGGCUAGGAGCCUUUUUCCAUCCCAAGAGCCUCCUUGCCUUGCUGCGUCAAGACGCUAUCCGUUCCUACGGCAACAGCACCAGCCAGGUGGAGCCGUUUGUCUUCCAGACAGAGAUCACUGCCCGAGACAAAGAUCACGUGCGAGACCCGCCCCAGGAGGGCAUGUUUGUGUACGGCAUCUACAUCUGGGGUUGCACCUGGGAGAAGACCACGGGUGAGCUGCAGGACACACCCCCGCGACACGGCCCCACCCCUCUGCCCAUCGUCCACGUCCUCUGCAUGCCGCAGAGUGAGAAGCCCGCCCUCAGUGACCCCCAGAAGGCUGCCGAGACCUUCAACUGCCCUGUCUACCCAACGCGUAUAAGCUCACGUGAGCCCGUCUUCACCAUGGAUGUCCGGCACGACAACGUGCCGGCCAGCAAGUGGGCGCUCCGGGGGAUGGCGGCCACCAUACGGCCCUAUUAGGGUGGUCAGUUUCAUCCCCUGACCACGGCAGACCAACCUGCAAGAAACGCCCAUAUUCUGCUGCUUUAACCCCUCUUUUCCCCGAACCACGAAUUUACAAGUCAAAAAUCUGACUUAUGUCUUGCACAUACGUACAUGUAUAUUAAUAUUUUUUUCCUAAAAUUGUCCACGUUAAAAUUUAAAUUCUUUCUCUGUGCCAGUAACCCCAAGCUUUUCAAUGGUGAUUUGUUUCAGAGAUUUGCAAAUCAAUUGCAAUAAUAUGGUUGUUGAUUUUGUCAUAAAGCUUACAUGUAGCAUGUUUAUAAUUUAAACUGUGGUUUGGAAAAUAAAUUGUCAAUUGUUUUCAACUUUUGAAUAUUCUGUGUUUCCGGAAAAGACCCCCCUAAAAAAAAAAACACAAAUAGCAUUCAGUAUUCCUUUCAGUGGAAAAUGAAUGAAUGAUUGACUAAAAUUUGUUGUAAAUAGUGUACAGAAAAUAACUUUCCGUCCACUUUGCUGAUUUUGGAAUCUAUUUAUUUUCCUCAAAAUGAAUUGUUUUUAGAUCACUGUUAGUAAAUUUUGCAUACAAUUUUCCAUUUCACUUCAGGUAGAAAAUUCUUUCUAAUGUUUUACUUUGUAAAGAUUUACAUGCAGGUCGGAAGAGACUCUUUUAGUUUUGAUUGAAAUCAAUUACAAAACUUAUUCGAUGUUUGCUGUUCCGUCCAGCUCAUUUUUACCGUAUUAUUGGAUUUUACAUUUGUUGUGUUUCAGAAGUUGAAACUUUGUGUAAUUUAGUAAAGAAAUGUUGGUUUAAUUAUA